GUAGCAGCUAGAGGCCCGGAGGGGAGGGGAGAGUGACCAUGAGUCUGAGUGACAGGCAGCGAGGACAGGAGCCAAUAUAUAUAAGGAAGGCUCUCGAGCGCGCAGGUUUCAGUAGCGGCGCUGAGCGCAGGCUGGGAACACGAGGCCAAGAGCCACAGCUCAAGCCGCCUCAGGGCACUGUGUCCAGCCACUAGCCGGCUUGCAGUCCCAGGAUUAGCCAGAGGACACGUCCUCAGCGCGGCCGCCGCCCAGCCGCCCUCACCUGGAUUACCUACUGCCGCAAUUUGAGCGGAGCUAGCGAGAAGGCGAGGCGGGAGGAAAGCCCCGAGCGGCGCCUGGCUUUUCAGAGACUCCUCCAGCGGGUGGACACUCGGCGAAGCGGCGUUCCGAACAGAGCCAGCUUCAGGGCGGGCGGGUAGAGAGAGCGACGCCCCAGGGAAUGGCAGCCGCGUCCCGUAGCGCCUCUGUUUGGGCGCUACUGUUGCUGGUGGCACUUUGGCAGCAGCGCGCGGCGGGCUCCGGAGUCUUCCAGCUGCAUCUGCAGGAGUUUGCCAACGAGCGCGGUGUACUGGCCAGCGGGCGGCCGUGCGAACCCGGCUGCCGGACCUUCUUCCGCGUCUGCCUUAAGCACUUCCAGGCGGUCGUCUCACCCGGGCCCUGCACCUUCGGCAGCGUCUCUACACCUGUGUUGGGCACCAACUCCUUCGCGGUCGGGGACGACAGUAGCGGCGGGGGACGCAACCCUCUCCAAUUGCCUUUCAAUUUCACCUGGCCGGGUACCUUCUCACUCAUCAUCGAAGCUUGGCACGCGCCGGGAGACGACCUGCGGCCAGAGGCCAUGCCACCGAACGCACUCAUCAGCAAGAUCACCAUCCAGGGCUCCCUAGCUGUGGGCCAGAACUGGUUACUGGAUGAGCAGACCGGCCCUCUCCCAACAAGGCUGCGCUAUUCUUACCGGGUCAUCUGCAGUGACAACUACUAUGGGGACAGCUGCUCACGCCUGUGCAAGAAGCGCAAUGACCACUUCGGCCACUACGUGUGCCAGCCAGAUGGCAGCCUGUCCUGCCUGCCAGGCUGGACUGGGGAGUACUGCGAACAGCCUGUCUGUCUUUCUGGCUGUCAUGAACAGAAUGGCUACUGCAGCAAGCCAGCGGAGUGCAUCUGCCGUCCAGGCUGGCAGGGCCGCCUGUGCAAUGAGUGCAUCCCCCACAACGGCUGUCGCCAUGGCACCUGCAGCACCCCCUGGCAAUGUACCUGUGAUGAGGGCUGGGGAGGCCUAUUCUGUGACCAAGAUCUCAACUAUUGUACGCACCACUCCCCAUGCAAGAAUGGGGCAACAUGCUCCAACAGUGGGCAGCGGAGCUACACUUGCACUUGUCGCCCAGGCUACACUGGUGUGGACUGUGAGCUGAAACUCAGCGAGUGUGACAGCAACCCCUGUCGCAAUGGAGGCAGCUGUAAGGACAAAGAAGAUGGCUACCACUGCUUGUGUCCCCCAGGCUACUAUGGUCUACACUGUGAACACAGCACCUUGAGCUGUGCUGACUCCCCUUGCUUCAAUGGGGGCUCCUGCCAGGAGCGCAACCAGGGGGCCAGCUAUGCCUGCGAAUGCCCCCCCAACUUCACUGGCUCUAACUGCGAGAAGAAAGUGGACAGAUGUACCAGUAACCCAUGUGCCAAUGGGGGCCAGUGCCUGAAUCGAGGUCCGAACCGCAUAUGCCGCUGCCGUCCUGGAUUCACAGGCACCCACUGUGAACUCCACAUCAGCGACUGUGCCCGCAACCCUUGCGCCCAUGGCGGCACUUGCCAUGACCUGGAGAAUGGGCUCGUGUGCACCUGCCCUGCUGGCUUCUCUGGCCGGCGUUGUGAGGUGCGGACACCCAGCGACGCCUGUGCCUCAGGACCCUGCUUAAAUGGGGCCACCUGCUACACUGACCUCUCCCCGGAAAAUUUCGUCUGCAACUGCCCAUAUGGCUUUGUGGGCAUCCACUGCCAGUUCUCUAUGAGCAUACCACCUAGCUUCCCCUGGGUGGCUGUCUCCUUAGGUGUGGGGCUGGUGGUGGUACUGGUGUUGCUGGGCAUGGUGGCAGUGGCUGUGCGGCAGCUGCGGCUUCGGCGGCCGGACAACGGCAGCAGGGAGGCCAUGAACAACUUGUCGGACUUCCAAAAGGACAACCUAAUUCCUGCUGCCCAGCUCAAGAACACAAACCAGAAGAAGGAGCUAGAAGUGGACUGUGGCCUGGACAAGUCCAACUGUGGCAAACAGCAGAACCACACAUUGGACUAUAAUCUGGCCCCAGGGCCCCUGGGACGGGGGACCAUGCUGGGGAAGUAUUCCCACAGUGACAAGAGCUUAGGGGAGAAGGCGCCACUGCGGUUACACAGUGAAAAGCCAGAGUGUCGGAUAUCAGCGAUAUGUUCCCCCAGGGACUCCAUGUACCAGUCUGUGUGUUUGAUAUCAGAGGAGAGGAACGAAUGUGUCAUUGCCACGGAGGUAUAAGGUAGGAGCCUCCCAGGACAUCCCAGCUUGGCCCAGCAGCUAGAGCUUCCUUCUGCAUUGUUUACAUUGCAUCCUGGAUGGGACAUUUUUAAUACGCAACGUGCUGCUCUCAGGAGGAAGAGGGAAUGGCAUGAACUGGACAGACUGUGAACUUGCCAAGAGAUGCAGUACUUUCCACACUUUUGGGUGUCUGUCUGGCAUCAGAUUGGCAGCCACGCCAGCCAGGGGAACAGAGAAGAGGAGAGGUGCCACUUGGAUCUGCCUUGCCAGCGGUGGUCGUCAGAGGGUUCCUUUGGGGCUCUGGCCUAUUUUCUAGAGGGAGUAGCAGUGGUCCUGUGGGGCCUGGAGCUGCAGUGGCCUCCACUGGCAUCUGUGUUUCCAAAAGUGCCUUUGGCCCAGGCUUUAUGGCGACAGCUGGGUCCAAAUCAGAAAGGAGAGAGGAGGCCAGUAAGGGCAGGGCCAUCUGUGGGCGAGGAAACCAUUGGGUGCGGCUCUUGGCAGGAGUUGCUCUGCAGGUGAGGUAAGCGCCCGGAGCGGGAGGAGCACUUGCUGCCUCAUGCCUCCAAUUACUGCAUGUGGGCCUUGCUCAUAACACAACCCAGCCUGUCCCUGGCCCAGGCCCUCUGGGCAAGGAUGUUGGUAAGCCUUACCUGGCUUCCACAGCCUGCAGCCUUAGGUAUCUCUGGGCUCCUGUGAGAAGACAGGUGGAGGGCCAGCCAGGGGUGCCAGGCCUAUGUGGGGAGCUCAGGGCAGUGAUGUUGGAAAUUGCAGUGAGAGAGAAACUGGGUGUUGUCAUCACCUAGGCCCAUUCCUAUGGCCUUGAGCCUGGGCUCUGCCCAUGCCCACUGCUGCCCCCAGCUGAUCUUCAGAAAUCAAUAAUAUGAGUUUUUAUUUUGUUUGUUUUUUGUAGUUUAUUUUGGAGUCUAGUAUUUCAGUAAUUUAAGAAUCAGAAGCACUGACCUUUCUACAUUUUAUAACAUUAUUUUGUAUAUAAUGUGUAUUUAUAAUAUGGAACAGAUGUGUACAGGAAUUUAUUA